AGGUAGUUUUUGGACAAAUUUAUCAUCAUGGGAGACUCGUAUCAACAUGUGCCUCAAGAUCCUGACGAAAGGUAUUAAUAUGUGUGGAAAUUCUGGUUAGGCCUGGUAAAAAAAUCCUAUGUAAUAAUAUUCAAUGUAUCAUUACGUUCUUAAUGUGUCCUGUGUGUCGCUAUAGUUACGAUCGACCAUUGGACUACCCUGAUGAUGAAAGCCUGGCAGAACCGAGUGCUAAUGGCUUCAACUACCGUGAAUACCGCAGACCAGCGGACUCGUUCAAAGGCAAGGUUCAGCAGAAAUAUUGGAAGGGCAAGCAGACAAUGAUCGAGAGAUUAGGAAAACAUCAAGAUGAGUAUGUAGUCGCUGGUGACGCGGAGGUUGAUGCAAGGCUUGAAGCAUUUCGACAGAUUCAGAAGACGUGUAUUGAUCUCUUGAGGGCUGUGGAGGUUUAUCAAAAGAAAAUAUUUGGUAGGUGGUACUGCAGGAGUUAUUGUGAACAAAAUGAUCAGAAUAUGUUCGUGUAUGAUGAUGCAUCAUUGUAAAACCUGCCACACACAAGAGAAACUUGCUGAGCUAACCACCGCGUGUGGCGGUUAGCUUAGCUAUGUAUUUUCACCACACAUGUUGGAAAAACCACUCAACAGCAACAUCAUUGAUAAGAUUGUUUGCAUUUCCUCCAUUCUUGCCAUUUUAACCAAAGUCACAUGCAGAAACUAUGGCUUCAAACAGCUCGGCACUAAGCUUGCAACAUCCUCAGACAUUGAGAUUUUUCCUUGCGAGCCAAAAAAUAUGAAACACAAUGUAUAUUUUCCUUAAGACCUCAGCAAGUUUCUCUCGUAUGAGGCAGGCUUUCUCCAAAAACUGCCAUUGUUUGAGAAGCGGUCAAUAUUAAAAUGCAAAAAGCCGUCAUUCUACUAAUUCCUGGUUAACGAUUUGCUUUGAGAAUUGCUGUAAAUACUUCUGAUUUGUUUCCCUGCAGCCUUAUCCCAAGAGGAGAAUGAAUGUGGUCGAUUUUUACGUGAGAAAGGUUCUGUUGAUAAAACUAAAGCUGGUAAAAUGAUGAUCAGUGUUGGAAAGGCACUCAGUUAUACUGCACAACAACGGUAAGCAAGUCAGUAUGUUGGCCAGUUUGUUAUGUGUGUCUAUCUGGUAGUUAGGCAACCAGCGAUUCAGUCUUGUUUUACCUCUGCCAAGAGGUUAUGUUUUUAACAGGGUUUGUAUCAGGGCUCGAAGUAAGAAAAAAUAUGACCUGUCAGUCUAAAAUUAUUUGGCAGGUGAAACAAAUUUUUAGCCUGCCAUUUUUAUUCAUUGAACCGCCAAAAUGGCAAUGUCUCAUAUGAGUCAUAUUAUAAAAAUCGAUGUUUUCAUGAUAUACAUUUUUAGUGUUUUUAAACUUGUCUAUUUUACUACAGUAAACUUGGAUUUACAUUUCAAGUAUAAACGUAUUUAGUCAAUUAAAUGAUCUAGGAUAUAUGAGUUGUGGUAAGCAAAUGAGAUGAAAUAUAUCUGCAUCUCAUGCAGUAGAUGAGAUGGGAGGAGGUACACAUGAAAAUGGUGCUUGACAUGGUUCUGAAAUGGUGGUAGCAGAAUUUAUGAGCUGACAGGUUUUACAUUGGGGCACCUGAUGGAGAAUGGAAGAGGUAUCCAGUUGCCUGAUUGCUCUCCAGUCUUUAGUAUAAGAUUAUAUACUACCGGUAUACUUGUCAGAGGAUGUAUGUUUUGCUUCACCACAAAACCUAUUCAGAGCUCAAAUGGGAAACACCACAUCUUGCAACUUUCAGUGCUUGAUGAAACAUUGUGUUCUCUACUUAGGUUGACCCUACGCGUGCCGCUGGUUCGUCUUUAUCAAGAAGUGGAGACGUUCCGACAUAGAGCUGUCGGAGACACCUGGCAGACUGUGAAUCGUAUGGAAGCUUUGAGAAGUGAGUACCGGGCAGCUUUACUGUGGAUGGCUGACAUAUCCAAAGAGCUUGACCCUGAGGCUUAUAGAAAGUUAGAUAAAUACAGAGAGGUAAGGUCACAUUAAAUACCACUUUAAUUUAGCGUCUUCCAAACAACACAUACUCGUAACAGAAUUGUCUUUAUUAAUCAAAAUCCAACAAAAAAUGAAUUUGAGGAAUAAUAAUUAAACAAGAUUUCUUGACAAAUAUAUAGAACGGCAAUUUUUUAAAUUUGUUAUCGAACCUUUUAGCUAUAAAAUCUUACCAAGAUUUUUAGCAAAUAAACCAUACAUAAAGUGUAUAUCAUAUACUUCUCAUAUCCCAGAAAAAUGAUAUAUCUAUCCAAGAAGCUUGCAUUCAAAGCGUGAGGCUGCAUGUUUUCUGACUUUAGUUAUAUACGUGCAAUACGAUUUUCACACGCUGCAUUUUAUUUGACUUUGAUUGGAUAAAUUCUUUGCAUGUGCUGGCCUGUGCUUGGUUCGAACCAAAAGUGCAUUGUCAACUAAUGUGUACGAUGUAUACCAUUCAUUUCGUUUUGGACUUUUUUCGUCCGUCGGUAGAAAACUUUGCUUAUACAUGUAGUGUACAUUUUCCAGUUUAUACAAUGCUUUGUACUGCUUUUCUUUGCUCUGACUUUGUCGCUUUGUUCUGAUCCAUUCGUCACUAAUUUUUGACAAUUCGGAAUUUUGUGCAACAGCUCUUUUGAAACAGCUCUUUUCUAUUUUUGGAUGUUAUUUUUUUGUUACCGUAUUGCAAAGAAGAACGAGAAUUAUAGAUUGUUUAAAAUCAAUACUUGUGCUCGGACCUCGACUCAAGGUCUUAAAGAAUUGAGGAGAAAGAGCUACCUUUACAUUGACAUCAGUAAAUGGUUAGACUUUUGCGUACACUACUCGAAUCCCCCAUCAAUUGGGCAAUUUUUUUGGAAAAAUCCGCUCACCAAUAAACCAACUGACUAAACUCUCAAUAAACGAUAUAUUCGCAACAGGUGCAAUCCGAAGUGAAAGUUACGAAGAAGAAAUUUGACAAGUGUAAAGUUGACGUGGUCCAAAAAGUGGACUUACUUUCCGCCAGUCGCUGUAAUCUCCUUUCUGCCACGCUGGUUGCUUAUCAACAGAGCUUGCUCAAGUUCUGGGAGAACACCUCGAAUUCACUCACGAAGGUUUACGAGCAAUUCCGAGGCCAUCCCUCGUACCAGUUUCAAAUGCUGAAGCAUAUCAUUCCUGAUGAUUCUUAUACGCGGGAAAAUGACGUAGACGAUGAAGAUGAAGGUGAGGGAGGGAUAGAGGGGAUCAAAGAGGAACGUGUUGCAGAAGCGACACACGUGGAUGAGAAAGAUGAGAAUUCUAAGAAAGUUGAGGAGGAAGGCUCUGAAGUCCGAGAAACUGGGAACGAUGAUGAUGAUACUCUAAUCUCAUUGGAUAACCUUCCUGAUCGAAUGCCACCGCCUUCGGCUGAAGAAAGUGGGACAAUUGAUCUACUUGGAGGUUCACCAGCAAAGACGGAGGACGCCGCAGCAUCGGCUAUGCUUGAUCCAAGUUCCUCUGCUGUCAUUCAAGGUGAGAAUUAUGAUUUAUAUCUGUUGUGUGAAUGGUUUUUGUUCUGUGAAUGGUUUUGCUGUCAUUCAAGGUGAGAAUUAUGAUUUACAUCUUUGUUGUGUGAAUAUUUUGGUAAUACCAGAUUUUGUGAGCUAGUUUGGGGUUCGUCUUAGAAACUUGUCUGCUCCUACAGUAUAUUAAAAUAUCCAGUUUGGCAAACCAUAAAAUUCUGCAAACCCUCGACUUGGGGAGUUAUAAAGGUAGCGUCAUGUUCAUCUGAUGAACAAUCGUAGAUAAUAGUCUUGUCUUUUCUCAUGUUUCUGACGGAUGUGAACGAGUGGAUGAGUUACGAAUGUUCAGAUGAGGGUACAUGAGUGGAGUACAUCAACUCACAACAACCAUAGCUCAUCUACUCGUUCACAUCCAUCAGAAGAAGAAGAUUGCAAUUAAAGUGGCAACCUUUAAGCCCGUUUUACACCAGGCGAAUUUUUUCGCGCGAAGCGAAGAACAAAUCUUGGCAAUGUGAUUGGUCAGCGAAAAAGUUGGAUCAAUUCCUACUUUUUUACUGUUCGCGCGAACAAAUUCGCCGUGUGGAAAAUGAGCUUAAGUCUGCAGAGAUUUAUUAAUAGUUUAUCACUGCACUGCAAGUGUGAAUAGCUUCGUUGAUAGAUAUAACAUUAUUGAGUAACUAAGAAUCUCUAUUUUGUCAGGAAUUGAUGAUCUGUUGGGAUUGUCUGAUGGUAAUGCAGAAGAUGGCGAAUUAAAUAUGUCCGACUUUAUGCUGAACAACACUAGCUCGGCACUCGCUUCAUUUGGUACAGCCAGUAAUAGCACAAUGAACAAUGGCAUGGCAGGUAUGUUGUCGGGUUCAAUUGUAUUCGCAUUUUCAACCUUUACUUACUGUCUAGGUGUAUUUACUGUAAAUGUGAUGCCGGGUGUAUAGCCACUCCAGAUAAAUGUCUUCAAAAGGGGGGUUAAAUUAAAGACGGUUCAUUGUACCAUCGUCACCAUCAUCAUAAUCACCAUCAUCAUAAUCAUAAUCAUCAUAAUCACCAUCAUAAUCAUAAUCAUCAUAAUCACCAUCAUCAUAAUCACCAUCAUAAUCAUAAUCACCAUCAUAAUCAUAAUCACCAUCAUCAUCAUCAUAAUCACCAUCAUCAUCAUCAUAAUCACCAUCAUAAUCACCAUCAUCAUCAUAAUCACCAUCAUCAUAAUCAUCAUAAUCACCAUCAUAAUCACCAUAAUAAUCACCAUCAUAAUCAUCAUAAUCACCAUAAUCAUAAUCACCAUCAUCAUAAUCACCAUCAUCAUAAUCAUCAUCAUGCGCCACUAAUUCUAUAGGCCCAUUCCCACUCAAGGAAAUUUUCCACGGACAGAAAAUUUUCCGAAAAUAUAAAAAAAAAUUUCCGUUAAGAGUUCAUGUUCCUUUCCCAAAUGGUGAUCGCUAGAUAGUAUACUUCAAAAUAAGGUUUCCAUUUUUAUAACGUAGAAAAAACUAUCCUAACGCAAAACUAAACCCUAAUACUAACCCUCACCCUAACCCCAACCUAACCCUAACCUAAACUCUAACCUAACCCUAACUUAUUUUAAUUAUUUUAAAAAUUGAUAUAAAAACGGAAAUCUUAUUUUGAAGUAUACUAUCUAGCAAUUGCCUUUCCCAAAUACGUAGAAAGCUUUAUAGUGUACACCCUGUGGUGCUAACCAUUGGAUGCUACAUUCUUACUUCAGGAAAUCAAACGGCAGCUCAGGAUUUGUUAAGUACAGACAGCAACGUACCAAAUGCAGACGACUUGCUGUUUGGUAGCCUAUCUCAACCAUCACAGAACCUUGGAGAUGCCGGCAGUUUUACUGAAAGCUGGAAUAAAAUGUUUGGCAACGAACAGCAAGCAGAACUGCCUUCCAGCCAAGACAAGCUUGACUCGCCAACCAAAUAUAUGCCGUCUGAUUUGAUCGAUAGCUUUGCAAGCCUUGAUCCGUACGCCCCGUCCGGAGGGGCAGGCAACCUUACACCCGCUCAGCAGGCAACCGGCGGGCUGGCGUCCACUGAUCUGUUAAGCCCCAGUGCCCCUGCUCCCGCAGGACAACAAGCUGGAAUGAGGAAAAGGGCGACGAAGCCAUCAGAUGGAAAUUUAUCCACUUGGUUGAAUCUGUUUUCUGACUUGGAUCCGCUCUCGAAUCCCGAUGCUAUCGGACAAGAAAAUCAAGAGAAUGAUGCAAAACGAUCCUGCUAAGGUUUCACGAAACAGAAUUUUGCUCUCCUUAGAAACAGACAUGUAUGUAGCAUGUUGUGAAGAGAUACUGUACUCUUUCCGGGUCAGUGUUAGAAGCAGAAAUUUCUAUCUGUUGGAAGAGAGACUCUAUAGUCUGCUGGUAACAAGAUAUAGAAUAGACGCUUCCAGAAAGUGCUUAGCCGUGGCUUUUGAGUUUCAUUUUCGUGAUUGAGAUAGCGGCUUUAGAGGCCUUUAUCUUUUUCUGAUGACUUGAUUAUUUAUCGUUUCUAAAGCACUGGGCAAACUAGGAAAGAUUGUUGCGCAAACAUUGUUUCCUGCCAAUGUUUCGCCAUGUUUCCCAGAGUGGACAAACACUAGGAAACAUUAGUGAGAAACUAUAGGGAAACAUCAAAUGUUUCUGAAUGCGCUAGGGAACAUCUUUGCUUCUCGGGAAGCAAAUUUUGUUUCCGCAACAAUGUUUCCACGGGUGGGCUAACAUUUGAGUAAUCAUCGAGAAUCAUAAAUGUUUCCACAACAAUGUUCCCUAGUUUGCCAAGGGCUUAAACCCAAUAUCUCAAAUCAUGCACGAAAACGAUGCUUUAUAGGCAACACUGAAUACGUUCCGGAAGAGUGUAUGUAUUAUUUAUUUGAAUCUGAAAGUUAUUUUAUAUUCAACUUCAGUCAUUCGGUCAACGAGAAAAGUGAAGCCAAGACGGCGGCCAUUGACGUCCAAUAGCUCUGAAGGUCGUAAACAGUUUUUAUACCAUUUUCCCCUAAAGCUAAUUCCAGUUUUUCUGACGGACCGUAUCGCUAAUCACAUUAUCAGUUCAUAAAAUCAUAGUGUUAUUCUUUAAAUCCAUGUCAAAAUACGAAAUUUCUGCACACUCCUUGCUAGCUUCGUGUUAACCGCCAGGGGUGGAAAAAGUAUUGGAACCUGGGAACCUAGUUCCCAGAAAUUUUUUUGAGUUGAGAGUUUUGCAGAAAAUUUUCCAGAAAAUAUUUCAAUAUUUUGAGAUAACUCUGUUUACUCGACUUUCAAGUUACAACUAUUCUACUUUAUUUACACUGUAGUACUGUACACGCUGACAUCAGCAGCCUUUUAAAUAUUUGACAGAAAUUAAUUCUUUUACCCACCCCUGCCAUCACAAUGAGGUAAAAUGGUAAAUAUAUGCUCUGCAAAGUCUCCAAUAAAAUGCAAAUUAAAUAGUAAACAAAUAAAAGUGAUGGAAUAAAUAAGAUGAUAGGGUUACUAAAGUACAAAUAAUACAAUAAUUAUGCAUUUGUUUUGUUAUUUUUGUAAUUGUAACAUUGCAAAUUUUACAGAAAAUUUCUAGCCUUCGACCCAGGUUCCCAGAAAGAAAAAAAAAAUUUCCACCCCUGUUAACCGCGCAGACAAAAGCAAUAGAAAGGGAUUGGAACUGACGUCCAACAUCUCCAUCUUUUGUUUCACUUUUCGGACUCGAGUUCUCGCGCCAUAUUAUAUAUAUGAAGGUCACUGUGCUCAACAUGUAGUAUAGAAUACUAAGAGAAAAUAGUAAAACUACUGUAUGCUUUCAUUAUUAUACAAUUCAAAUGAGUCAAGGGCAAUAUUUUGCGACAGUAUCUAGUUGGCUAAAGUAUUUGGACGACGCAUGUAAACGAAAUAAUAAAAAUAUAAUUCAAAAUUGUAAACUACAAUAUGUGUUUUGUUGCAAGCGAUUAAAGUUAAAAGAUGUAAUUCAACGAACCUAAUUAAUAUUAAAACAUUUUUACGUAC